GGAGACACCGGGUUAGGCAGCUACUUCCUACGGUUGGGUUUUUUGAAAGGACUGGUUGGAGCCUCUCUCUGCUUCCGACCAAUCGGAAGUGAGUAUUUUUCGCGCUGGUUGGCCGGAGAUUUUGAGUUUCCCGCAAGCUUUUGAUUCGACUUGAAUGAAAUCCCUCUGCUUUCCAGAAUGAAUACGGACAUGUAUCCACUUUAACGACCGAGUGGAGAUUCAACAGUGAGCCUGGAGGGGGUUGGAUGGGAUGGACGGCAAAGGUAGCUCCCUGCCUUCAAUGCCAGAACCUGCCAGCCCAAUCAGCAUGAAGCAGCCGCCAGAGUCCCUCAGUGUUCGGAAAGGAGGGGGGGACAUGAGCAAUGACCCUGCUUUACUAAUGGACAAAGCUGCUGCUCAGCUAGCCGCCACACUACAGGAUGGCCUUCAGAAGAUGACUGGCCACAAUCAUAUCACCCACAGCCACGAGAGGCUCAAAGAUCUCACCUCCAUUAUGCUGAAUGGCGACCAAGACACGCUUCCUAAGCUUUGUGCUCCAGAGCUACCUAUGCUUAAGGGCACUGAAGCCCCUUCUACGAAUGGCACCCAUCAACAUAAUUGCACACCUCAUACUGAACAUGAACUCAAGGAACAGCAGCCGCUGUUUGAGCCAUGUUGUGCCAAUGGGACCAGUUUGGCCACGGCCGCCGAAGGUACUUUAUCAGGACCUGAGAAGAGACAGGACUCAAAGAAAAGGAGGGGGGGACCUCACAAACCAAACCUACCUGCUAUCCCUGUGGAGCCACUUGACCUCACCAAGGCUGUAGAUGGAUCAGCUGAAAAGCUUGAACUCAUUGAAGAGUUUCCGCAGGAUAAAAAAGAAUCCCCUCUGCUGAUCCGGUUUUCUAUUUGUGAUUUGGUGUGGACCAAAGUGUCAGGAUACCCCUGGUGGCCUUGCAUGGUGACCACAGACCCAGAUUUCAACACUCACAUUAAACAGAAACAGAAAGCCCUCACUACCAGGUAUGGCCUCCUCUACCACGUGCAGUACUUUGGAGACGCUCCAGAGAGAGGCUACAUCUUUGAGAAGAACAUGGUGACCUUUACUGGGGAAGAUCAAUAUGAGGAGCUUAUCCAGCGCAACAAACGGCCAGCCUCCCGUGAGAUUCACAAAAAGACGGCUCCCUCUGUGCCCCGUAAACUCCAGGCUCAGUGGAACAUGGGUGUCAUUCAGGCUAAGGAGGCCAUCAGCAUGUCACAGCACGAGCGCAAAGUGAACUUCACAUUUCUGUACGAUGAGGACGGUCCUCAUCUGAACCCCUGCAUCCUGGAGAAGUUGAAGCCAGAACCGAGCAACGAGCAGGCCCAGGAGACAGAAUCAAGACUCAGCCCAGAACCUCCCUCUCUGAUGUUUGGCGCCGCCGACCCCGACCCCGACCCCAUAGCCGCCCCUCAACCCCAAGAAAGCACUUCAACAGAGAAAAAGACACGGGCACCCAGAAAAAAACUCAACUCAGGAGGAAGCCGAAGAACGGGCAAAGGCCUUCUAAAAAAUGUACUAUCGAAAAAACUGCUGAAAAAGACACUUUCUUCCAAAGAUGUGAUUCAUCCGCAGCCAGCCUCACAGGAUCCUACCACUUCUGCACCAGAUCUGGAAGCUGAAUCAGUCAUACCUCAGAAGAAAAAGCGAAGACCCCGACAGCCUCAGUCUCCCACAAAGAUCGUGAGGAGACAGAAAAAAUCUACAACGGACACAACUGCCCCAGUAAAGAAAAGGAAAUCGAAGCUGGUUUCUUCGACAGACAAUAUCUCAGAGCCAGUCCCACUUGCAGUUUCAGUUUCAGUUCCAGUCAAGAAGCAGCGAAAGAGGACGCCUAAAAGCCCACCAACAGAUGCUACGGCAGAUGAGGCUCAGCUGCCCAAAAAGAGGCGUAGAACCACCAAAGAAGUUGAAAAACAGGCUUUGACUACAGAAGGAACAGAAAAAAAGCGGAGAAGAAGAAAGAAAACGGACAAAGAUGUAACCGAACCCAAGAAGAGAGUCAGACUCCCAAAGCCAAAAGCUCUCCUCACUGAAGACCAAGAAGCGGAGAAACCAAAGCGUAGAAGGAAAAGGAAGCAGGAUGGAGAACUCACGCUCUCCAAGGCGAAGAAGAGGAGGACCUCCCUGUGUCCGGAUCCCGAGGGUUCUGGGAGUGAAGGACGUCCUGAUUCUCCAAUUGACAGCUUAGACGGGAUAAAGAAGGGCGAGCGGAAGAAAGAGUUUGUCUGCCAGGUGUGUCAGCAGGCUGGUGAGGACCUAGUUGCCUGUGAGGGUCAGUGCUGUGGGAUGUUUCACCUCCACUGUCUGGGUCCGUCAGUCAAACCUGACGAGAAGCUGCUGUGUCAGGAGUGCAGCACAGGGAUUCACUCAUGUUUCCAAUGUAAGCAGUCAGAUGGGACGCUGCGUCGCUGCCACGUCCAAAACUGCGGCAAGUUUUACCACGAGGCGUGCAUCAGCCUCAACCCCCUCACUGUGUUCGACAACAAGGGCCUCCGCUGUCCGCUGCACGCCUGCCUCAGCUGCAACUUCGACUGCCGCAACAAGCAGAAGUCCACUAAGGGGAAGUUGAUGCGUUGCCUGCGCUGCCCCGUGGCGUACCACGUGGGCGACCUGUGUGCGGCUGCGGGAAGUGAGAUGAUCACCAACACGGCCUUCAUCUGCACCAACCACUUCAGUGCCAAGAAGGGUUACAGGCACCACACGCAUGUGAACGUCAGCUGGUGCUUCGUCUGCUCCAAAGGAGGCCAGCUGUUGUGCUGCGAGUCUUGUCCGGCAGCUUUUCACCCCGACUGCCUGAACAUCGCUAUGCCUGAUGGGAGCUGGUUCUGUAACGACUGCCGAGCCGGAAAGAAACCACAAUACAGAGACAUCAUCUGGGUCAAACUGGGAACAUACAGAUGGUGGCCUGCAGAGAUCCACCACCCCAGAAAUGUCCCCACCAACAUCCAGCACCUUCGUCAUGAGAUCGGAGAGUUCCCCGUCUUCUUCUUUGGCUCCAAGGAUUACUUCUGGACUCACCAGGGCCGAGUGUUUCCCUACAUGGAGGGAGACCGAGGCAGCAAGCACCAGAGGACCGGCAUUGGAAAAGUCUUCAAGAACGCUUUGCUGGAGGCUGAAGCUCGUUUCAAGGAGAACAAAAUCAAACGAGAGGCCAAGGAAGCGCAAGAGAACAGCCGAAAGCCACCCCCUUAUAAGUUUAUCAAGGUGAACAAACCGUACGGUAAGGUUCAGGUCUACACUGCGGACAUUUCUGAGAUCCCGAAGUGUAACUGCAAGCCGUCAGUGGACAGGCCGUGUGGGUUUGAGUCGGAGUGUCUGAACCGCAUGCUGCAGUACGAGUGCCACCCGCAGGUGUGUCCCAGCGGGGUGCGCUGCUGUAACCAAGACUUCACCAAACGCCUCUACCCCGAGACCAAGAUCAUCAAGGCGCCCGGGAAGGGCUGGGGCCUGAUCUCUCUGCGGGACAUCAAGAAGGGCGAGUUUGUGAACGAGUACAUCGGAGAGCUGAUAGACGAGGAGGAGUGCAGGGCGAGGAUCAAGUACGCCCACGAGAACAACAUCACAGAUUUCUACAUGCUCACCAUCGACAAGGACCGGAUCAUUGACGCUGGUCCGAAGGGAAACUACUCUCGCUUCAUGAACCACAGCUGUCAGCCCAACUGUGACACGCAGAAGUGGACGGUGAACGGAGACACGAGGGUCGGCCUGUUCGCCGUCUGCGACAUCCCAGAGGGCACUGAGCUGACCUUUAAUUACAACCUGGACUGCCUCGGGAACGAGAAGACGGUCUGUCGCUGCGAGGCUCCAAACUGCAGCGGUUUCCUUGGUGUUCGGCCAAAGAACUCAAACGGACAGACAGCUGAGCCCAAAGGGAAGCGGUUGAAGAGAAAGUAUAAGAGGAAGAGAGCGGAGGGGAAGAAGAAGUCUGAUGACGACUGUUUCCGCUGCGGAGACGGAGGGCAGCUGGUGCUCUGCGGCAAGAAGAUGUGCAGCAAGGCUUAUCACCUGACCUGCCUGAACCUCACCAAGAGACCCUUCGGCCGCUGGGAUUGCCCCUGGCACCACUGUGACGUCUGCGGGAAAACCUCGGAGGCUUUCUGCCAGCUCUGCCCCAACUCCUUCUGCAAGGCCCACCAGGAGGGGGCGCUGCGAACCUGGCCCCCCACGGGGCAAAUGUGCUGUCAGGAGCACGAGGAGCUGGAGGGAACGAUCACCCAGGAACCAGUGGAAACCUCUGGGCCGAAGGAGACCACACCGACCGUCACUACUGCUCGUCCUGCUAAAGGCUCCAGGAAGGCCAGAGGAGCCCCCGCCAAAAUAAAAGGCUCCAAGAGGAAAGCAGCAGAGGCCUAAAAGUGACCUCUCUGAGAAACCACUCUGACACGUGCUUCCCCAUUGGUGGACAAAUAUAAACCCUGCUUACUUAAGUCUCGCAAGAUCACAAAACCAAGGCACUGUACAUCUUCAUCAGGGAAAGCCGCUGAUUCCUCACAUGCUCGGCAGCGGCCUCUAACGUUCUUCAACUUUUAAACGUGUUCAGGUUUAUUUCUCUACUCUGCACUGAGGCGAACCAUCUGUGGUGAAAAGCUGCAGAGCGAGCGCAGGUUAGAACACUUUGCCUAUUUCUAUCCUCAUUCUUCAUCCAACAGGACUGCCUUUUUACGGUCUUCCUUUUACUCUUUCAUUUUAGAAUAACAAAAAGAACCCGUGGGUUUCUGCAGAAAGUCAAACUGAGCAGCACUGUUGGCCCCCCCUCAUCACUCCACACGGAUCAUCAGCAGAGUUUUUAUAUCUAUAUAUGUGUAUAUCAAAGACAAACAUGAUUACUGGAAUAGUAUAAAACAUCAAACCGGUUGCAAAAACUUUUUAAUUGUGUAUAUAUAGUAUAUAUGCCAGAGGUAAAACCAGGACACUAUGGCUUCAGAUGACCUUUUUGUUUUGUUAGGUUACAUUUAACCGUAGACAUGUGUUUGCUAUUUUACAACCUGUUGUUUUUAGCUCAGAUUUACCGUUUAGAGUCUAUUGUUUUCAUUUAGGGAUCAGAAUGCUGAACGAUGGCGCUGCCUGCAUGUCAAGAGUUUAAAGUAUUAAACUGAGAGCGCUCUUAAACUGCCGCCUUAAAUAGAAACACUACUGGGUCUUAACUGCUCGAGGCUAACCCAGAAACAUGAAGGAAUAAGUGUGAUUUUCAGGAAGAAAGUUCUAAAUUGAGUUUUGAGACUGACACUUAAUAUGCUGUAACUUUUUUUUCAUGUAAACAUACAAAUCAUGCUGAUCAAAAUGUUGAAGACCUCCCAGUGUCACCUGGCAGAGCCUUUCAUUGAUCGUAAAACCAUUCAUAUUUCAUCUGUAGAUUAGCUUUUAAAAGACAGACGUCUAUUGUUUUUAUUCCCAGGAGAUUUUGAGUCUCAAACGGCAUCUUGCUUGUACUUCUAAACGCUGGCUAGCAACUUGUUUUUGAGGUGAUGAGCCUGACGUCCCGUAGACUGUAGCUGGAAAUCUAAAAGGCUGAAAAUGUGGAGCUGAGCCCUAAAAACUCAGUCCAAGAUGUCCUAAAAUGGCCACUAUAGUCUGAGCUUUGAACUAUUUCAGAUGCACAUUUGUUCCAUUUAAAGAUAUGCAUGUUGGUUAAGCAAAAAACAAAAGCUGGCUCUUUCUUUUUCCGUUUUGAAUUUGAGAUGCUCGUCUCACAUUUCAUGUUCAAGUCUGCAUAUUCGAGUGAUAAGUUUCCCUUUUUUGGGGGUUGGCUCAUUCGGGUUUUGUUUCCAAGAAUUUUGAGGCUAUGGACAAUUUUUGCACCGUUUUUAUUUCAUAUCUGACGUUUAUUUAUAAAAGAAAGUUGUCACCUUUUUAAUAUCUGGAUCAACUGGACCAGUUCAUCUAAAGGCUACUGUCUGGGCUUUUCAGUUUUUCCUCUAAAACCUCUCCAAAAAUCCACAUUUAAGUUGUACACCAGUGACACAAGAACAGUGCAUCUUUGGAUAUAUUUUUUUAUAACUGCACCUUUUUUUUGUUUUGUUUAAGUGUUUUCCUUCUUCCCAGGGCGUGUGAAUGCGAUGCGUCCGGGGGUGCAGCGAGUGUCGUACGAGUAUUUUUCCACUUUCUUUGUAUCCUAACGUCGUGUUGAGUGAAUGUAGUCCAGCCAGUUGUUUUGUUAGCACUGUAAACCUGUAGAGCUGUACCGUUUCCUUCUGUAACUACUGUCCUAGUGAACCAGAGACUAAUAUGUACAUACUGUAUAAGUGGUAAUAGUGAUGCAUCUAUUGUAAAUAUCAUACAGUUUCUCUGACAUCGUAUGUUUUGUUUUUGUUUUUCUUGAUGCAGUGCUGAAACACUUUUGUGCAGGAUCUCACGUCUGUUGAAUCGUGCAAUAAAAAGUGAACAAACAUGCAUCGAUUGUCUGCCUGAUGCGGCGCUUUUGUUUUGAUCAAACAACUUCAGGCCCUUUAAAUGUAUUUCAGAUAAUAAAUGUUUAGAUUAGUC